CCGGGUUUCAUUCUACUCUAAUCUCUUGAAACCCCCUGAAAUACCCUCCAACAUGUCUUCCAAGACACUUCCUGUCAUUAUCGUUGGUGGCGGCCCAGUUGGUUUAAUGGCUGCCCACAUCUGCAAUAAACUUGGUCUGGAUUUUGUACUUCUCGAACAGUAUCAUAGCGUGACUCCAGAUAUUGGAGCAUGUAUCGGCCUAUGGGCACCUUCACUGCGAGUUCUUGAUCAACUUGGGCUGUGGGAUGCAUUUGAACCUCAAGUAAAACCAAUGUUUGACAAGAUAUCUUUCACGCAAGAAGGAGGCAUCAUUCACUCGGGCUCGAUAUUCGCUGUAAAUGAAAAAAGAUAUGGUUAUCAAACAUCCAUGUUCCGGCGGCACGGUAUUCUUAAAACUUUAUACGACUCUUUGCCAGAACGCUCUAAGCAGCAGAUCUUGGUAAACAAGAAAGUCGUCGCUCUUGAUAUCAAAGAAGAAAGCGUCAGCGUCCGCUGUGAAGAUGGGUUUGAGAUUGAAGGCUCAAUCAUUAUCGGUGCAGAUGGAUCGCACAGCGCAGUGCGAGAAUGUACAAAAGAACUGGCCCGUAAGAGCUUUUCCGAAAAUGAACCCUUUGGAAAAAGUGAGGACUUUAAAACAACAUACCGACUCUUGUUUGGAAACUGUCCACGUAUUGGCGAUGCUAAGCCUGGCACCGUCUACGAGUGUCAUAGAUUCGGAACCUCUACCCAGGUAUUUGUUGGCGACGACAUCAUGUGGUUUUUUCUCUAUGAAAAGCUAGAUAAGCCCACGUCUGAGCACAAAUCAUACGCACAGAAAGAUGCCGAUGAAAUUGCCGCUCGCUAUGCGGACCAUCGUAUCACAAAAGGGCUCCAUCUUCGAGACUUGUACAAGGCGCGAAGUGCCUCGGGUGCAACUGAUCUCGAAGAGGGCAUUCUCGACAAAUGGUGGUGGAAACGUAUUGUUCUCGUCGGAGACGCGGCACACAAAGUGACUCCCAACGCUGGUUUGGGAUUCAACAGUGGCAUACAAGAUUUGGCCGCGAUUGCAAAUGGCAUGCGAAGUCUUCAAAGCAAAGGAGGAAGUCUGCAUGAUAACGAGGCCAUUGAAGCGCUCUUCUCGCAAUAUCAAAGCCAGAGAACGAAGCCCAUGAGGAAAUUCGGCGAUCUUUCUGCCAAAACAACGCGCAUAUGCGCCUGGCACUCGCGCACUGCAAUGAUAUGGGAUCGCUAUAUCAUGCCUGCACUCAACCUUGAACUCAUCAUGAGUAGACUUCUGGUGGUGCCGAUAGUCAGCAAUUCUAUUGUUCUCGAUUGGCUGCCUGAGCCACAUUAUCGCUCCGGGUCAAUUGCUUGGAAGACUGCUCCGAAUCUGAAUCUUACUGAAGAGGUUUCUUAGGCUACUGCAUAUUCAGCCUCGGCGAGUGACAGAGGAGUUCAGGUUUUAGUUAAGACAACACAUUUAUUAGGCUAAUGUAUUCUUUACCUUAUA